AGGAAAACGAAAUUUCAACCCUCCCAUUUCAUAUGGCGUUCGCAAAUUUUGAAAAAUAAGGCCACUGACCAUAUUUGUGUCAGAAUACCUCAAUUAAUAGCAAUUAAAUAACUCCCCUUUCUAGCCAACCAAACUAUUUAAUACUUCAUUGUUACAUUAGCAUUUCUCAAUAGGACCAAUUUUUCUUCCUGCAUCAUUUUAAUUACGCCCAGUUCAAUAGAUCUGGAAGUUGCUUUAUCCGUUAAUUUAGUUUAGCCAUGUUUAGAGCACUGAGCACACGAAGAGAUUAUAAAGGAUAUGAUGAAUUGAUUAAAGAGGAGGCACCAUCAACUCCACUAGUAGAGCCAAAGCUGAACCGAAACAGAAGCGUUCCAGCAGCUAAAUUUUUUAGUCCAUCCAGGAAGGUGACGACGCCGGAGCAGAAUUUCCCGAUGAGUCCUCAAUUGAAUAAAGAAGCGAAAAAAGCUAGCAAACUUCACCCGAUAUUCAGUCUAUUCGAAACGAAGAAGAAGAAAAAGGCAACUGCUAGGCCCGAAUUCUCGAGGUACAUUCAGUAUGUUAGAGAGGGAGGGUUUGGUGAUGUGUUGCAGACUUCUUCAGUUCCUCCAACUUCACCACGGCUGUAGAUUGAUUAAAGAAAUUUGGUAAUUAUGAUGGACCACCUUGAUUUUUUGAUUUCCUGGUACAGAAGAUCUCGUUGAUAACAACUUGAUAUAUAAUACUAAUAAUUCAUAUCAUCAUGUGAUUUUAGA